AUGACUAAGCCAAGGGUCGUGUAUUGGUUCCGAACAGACCUCCGACUUCACGAUUCUCCCGCAUUGAAGGCCGCGCUAGAUCUGGAGCCAGAUGUUCUGUGGCCGAUAUUCACCUGGGAUCCGUACUAUGUCUACAGGGCGAGGGGAGGCACAAAUAGAUGGCAGUUUCUCCUCGACUGUCAGAAUGACCUGUCCAGCUCCAUCACAAAACUAAACGCCAAGUCCAAGCUCUUUGUCCUCCGAGAAGCGCCCCAGACUCUGUUCCCCAAGCUCCUCAAAGCCUGGAAAGUCACGCAUCUCGUCUUCGAGAAGGACACCGAUGCAUAUGCACGGCAGCGUGACGGCGUCGUCGCCAAGGCAGCCAAGGCAGCCGGCGUCAAAGUCGUCAUCCACUCUGGCAGAACCCUCUGGGACAGCGACGAGAUUGUCGCCCACCACGACGGCAAGCCAACCAUGUCCAUGACGCAGCUGCUCUCGGCUGCAAAGAAGGUUGGCCAAGUCCCCCGGCCGAUAGCCGCGCCCAAGAGUCUCCCGGACCCGGGCGAUAUGCCGCUCGACUUUGAGCAGCACGUGCCCAGCAGCGUUCCAGAUGUGAAUGCGCAGACGAGGGAGAAGAAAGACACGGCGUACAAGAGCAUCGCCGGGCCCAAGGGCGAUUUCGCCAUCGAGACGCUGGAGGAGCUUGGGUUUCCGGCGGCCACGACUCCCUACAGGGGAGGGGAGAGCAUUGCGUUGAAGAAUCUAGCCGAUAUUAUCAAGAAGGAAAAGUAUACAGCCACGUUUGAGAAGCCAAAGACCAGUCCGGCGCAGUUUGAGCCGCAGUCGACCACGUUGCUCUCGCCGUUUCUUCACUUUGGUGCCCUGUCCGUCAGGGAGUUCUACUGGCGGGUGCAAGACGUGGUCGAGGCCUACGGGAAAGGGGCAUCGACCCCUCCGGCAAGCUUGACGGGCCAGCUCAUCUUUCGGGAUAUGUAUUUCGCCGCGCAGGCGGCCGUCGGUGCCAAGUUUACGCAGACGGCUGGGAACCCGUACUGUCGUUUUAUACCCUGGCACCUGCCGUCGGAGAGAGACUCGCAGACCGGUCUUGUGACCGACAAGUACACAGUUGACUCGGACGAUGCCGAGAAGUGGUUCCAGCGAUGGAAGCGAGGCGUUACGGGCUUCCCCUGGAUAGACGCUCUUAUGCGCCAGCUCCUCCACACGGGUUGGAUACACCACCUUGGCCGUCAUAGCCUAGCGUGCUUCCUUACCAGGGGAGGAUGCUACGUCGACUGGGAGAGGGGCGCAGAGGUCUUCGAGGUGCACCUGUUGGAUCACGAACCUGCCUGCAACGCGGGCAAUUGGCAGUGGUUGUCGUGUACGGCUUUCUUCUCGCAGUAUUUUCGGUGCUACAGCCCCGUUUCCUUCGGGCAGAAGUGGGAUAAGAACGGAGAUUUGAUUCGCAAAUGGGUCCCGGAGCUGAAGAAUUUGGAUUCCAAGUACAUAUAUGAGCCGUGGAAGGCGCCGAUUCAGGAUCAGAAGAAGGCGGGCGUGAGGGUGGUGGGUGAUGGACUAGGUGACCAGGAGCAGGGGACCUAUCCGAAGCCAAUGUUUGAUUUUGGGAAAAGGAGGGAGACUUGCAUCAAUGCCAUGAAUAUUGCGUAUGGAGUCGGUUUGUAUGGGGAUGACGAGAGGGUCCUGGAUGGUUCGUGGAGAGAGCUGUUUGAGGGAAAGGGAGGGGAAAUGAUGGAAAUGGUUGCGAGUGACGAUGGGGAGAACGCGGACGAAGGGGAUGAAGAUGUCGGAGACAAGAGGAGGAGGCGGAAGGGGGAGGGCGGUAAUGGUGUUAAAAAGCAAAAGAAGUAG